CUUGUUUUGUUCGUGAUUGACGUGUGAACUAGAAGAGAAAAAAAAAACUGCUGCCCACUGUAAAGAGUAAAGGGAAUUUGGAAUUAUCCUGUAAAUAAGAAAUGUCAAGGUAUAAUCAUUUAGGACAUGCUUAAAAAGACACUUCACAGUUCCUAAUAACGGAAAUAUUGUAGUGGUCUGCUUCAAAGUAUUGAUGCAAUAAGUGAUACGGAUCCUCGUAUAACUGUUACAAUUCCUUACAGUUUAAGUGAAAUGGAGUGGAAGACACAUGGAAUUAAUUGUCAUAUGUAUUCUUUAAGGAAAUGUGAUAUUGAGAUGAAUAAUGUUUAAUGUUGGAACACAUGGGAGAAUCUCCAGAGCUGUCUCCAAGAAUUUAGAGGAUUUCGAUUCAGUCCGGAGUGUGCUUCUGUAUAGUGACAUUGAACCUGAGUGGCUGGAUGAUGUGCAGAAGAAUGGAGAGCUGUUCUAUCUGGAGCUGAGCGAAGGGGAAGAGGAGGCCACUCUCACCCAGACCCAUAACGCACAGGUACCUGGAGCCAACCAUGUACGCUUCAGCGACAAGGAAGCGGAGGUCAUCACAGACAGCAAGAAACACAAGGAGGGAGGAAAGUAUGAGCCCAGACUGAAAAGGCUCGCUAAGAUCCUGAAAAAGAAAAAGCAUUCACAAAGGUGGUCAGACAAGAAAGGGAAUUCCAACUCCUACAAUGCUGGCCAGUCAUCACGACCAGCUUCGAUACUGAAAAACCAGCCCAAUCAGAAAUCCGGCAUUCUAGUUCAGCAGCAGUUUAAGGAUGUUUGUGUUUAUGUUAACCCCAAAAGGUUAGGCAAUAGCACGCAUGCAAAAGGAUACAAGCUGCUUGAGGCUUUACUGGGGAUCAUUCAUCAGCCUUCCUGGACCAGAAAGGUUGUGAGCACUGUUGAAGAGCCUGAUACUUCUUGUAAUGAAGAAAGACUUACCAUUCAUGGACUGGUCCCAGCCAGCCCUGCAAUCAAAUGUGGGCAGAUUUUGAUAGGAGAUUUUCUUGUUGCAGUAAAUGAUGUUGAUGUAACAUCUGAGAACAUCGAGAGGGUCCUGUCAUGCAUUCCCGGUCCUACACAGGUAAAGCUCACGUUGGAAACCUCCUCGUUCAAUGCUGAAGGAAAAGGCUCCACAUCACGUAACCUCAAUAAGCAGUCACAGCCUGUGAGUAAUCUGGUGAAACUUCUGUGGGGCGAAGAUGCAGUGGAGCUUCAAAUGGCAAUUGGAAACAUUCCUCAUAUAAUUAUGUAUUUGUCCCUAAAACUGGACUCCGAAUCUUUAAAAGAAGAGCAAGAAAUUUUGUACCAGUAUCCAGUAUCAGAAGCAUCCCGCAAACUAAAGGGAGUGAGGGGCAUAUUUCUGACGCUUUGUGACAUGCUGGGGAACGUUACUGGAGGUCAGGUCAGCAGUACAACAAUGCUGCUAAAUGAGUGUCUUGUCCAUGUGGGUUACUGGAAAGAAGGUGACAAUCUACUUGUUGUUGGUCUCCCUUCAGAAAAGGUUCCUCUUUUACAACUAAGAAACGUGAUUGGGGGUGCUGUCCGGACUCUGAAAGUUAUGUAUGGCUCUUUAGACAAUGCCUUCUGUCAAGUAGACAAUGUUCCUAGACUGGACCGUUUCUUCAGCUUGUUCUUCCAGCAGUUGUUCCAGCCUGCUAAACUGAACUGUAGUGCUAAUCCCAGCUCUCACUUUUAUGGCAUUUCCAGUGCCUUAUUUUUAGAUUAUUUACCUGCAGUGCGCUUUCUUACUUUACCACAAGAGAUAAAGGUGGAGAUUGAUACAGUUCUGUCUGAUCUUGAAGCUGCUGAUUUUGGAGAAAUGUCUGAGGAUUACUAUGGCAUAAGGCGGUUGUACACGAUACUGGGCUCAUGUCUGUUUUACAAGGGUUACUUAAUAGGAAAUCACUUACCAAAGGAGAACCUCCUUGACAUUGCACUUUACUGUCAGCACUACUGCCUCUUGCCACUGGCAGCAGAGCAGAGGAUUGGCCAGCUAGUUGUAUGGCGAGAGGUAUUUCCACAGCGACAGUUUCACCCUAGUGAAGAACCAGUUCUUGAAGGUUUCCUGGAACCCGAAGCAAGAUAUUUUCUGCUGGUUGUUGGAUUGAGGCAUUUUAUGUUGUGUGUUUUACUAGAAGCUGGGGGAUGUGCAUCAAAAGCCAUUGGAAACCCUGGGCCAGACUGUAUUUAUGUCGACCAGGUUAAAGCUACACUACUUCAGCUGGAAGGCUUAGACACCAGCAUAGAGGAUAGACUCGCUGCUCCUCCAACACCGUGUUUAUCAUGUGCUGACUGGUUCAUCCCUUCAGCACGUGAGAGGCUGGAAAGCAUCACCAACUCCCCUGUCUUCAGUAAGCUGCAUAGCUCCUUGAAAGCCACGUCUCCAACGAGUAAAAGGGUGCUGUUUGGAGAGUCCACGCUUAAGAACCGCAGGGCCAGUCCUCAGAGAAGCCUCAGUGUUUCAGAUAGUGGUAGUGAAGGCCAUGGAGACAACCACUCCUUCAGUGCCAGUAUCAGCCCGCAUGCCACUCCUGACUCUAUUAGGAAACUUGGCCGCAGGGAAUCCCUGGGCUCUGGUGCAUCUGAUGGAAGUGGAGGAAGUGGAAACAUAUUUAAGAGCAAUAAGAAGAAGCAUCCUAAUCCCUUUUACUUAGGAACUUUGAAAAAGAGUCUUUCAGAGAGAGAGACUGAGGAAAUGUAUAAUACCAUGAAACUUACAACUGGCUCUGAGAAUACACUGUUUCACUAUGUUUCAAUGGAAACAGUCCAGGGAAUAUUUAUAACACCAACGCACAGGGAAGUGGCACAGCUCAGUGGCUCCAUCCACCCACAGCUAGUAAAGAACUUCCAUCGCUGCUGUCUUUCCAUCAGAUCAGUGUUUCAACAGACCCUCCUUGGAAAGGAAAAGAAAAAUAUAGAUGGUUUUCAGAAUUCAUCUCCAGUAAUGAAUUCAUCUGGGUUUGGGAAUGUUAAGGAGCAUGGGGUCCUGUUCCAGUGCAGACCUGAAAACUGGACGGACCAAAAGAAACCACCUCCCACAAUGACCUACUGGGUGGUUGGGAGGCUGUUUCUAGAACCAAUCCCUCAAGAGUUCUAUGUGUGCUUUCAUGACUCAGUAGCAGAAAUUCCAGUGGAGCUGGCAUUCAAACUUUCAUUCGGUCUGGCUGUGUAAAAAACACGUCUUGUGAACUAAAGCACCCUUUCUUUAACGCUUAAUCUUUUGUUAUUUUUGGAAAUUGUAACAGAAGAUGUAUCUAUGUCAUGAGGACCUACAGGGACAAAUUUAUAUGUUAUAUUUAAUUAUACAGUAUACUAUGAUGUGGUGUAUAUAUUUAUGUAUAAAAAUAAUUUCUAAAAAGAGAGUGCUUUAGCAACGUCUGUGUGCAUCAUGUACCGUAUAUACUUUUGCGGUUAGUUUGUAUUUGCCAGAAUUGUAUCUGCUGGAAAAACUGUAAGAAACUAUCAAGUACGUCAGGUGAGCCUUCCAAAACAAGAUCUCAUUGACAGGGAUGUCCUGGAAAAGAGCAUUUAACAGCAUUCUUAAAACUAGCCACAAUAUACUUUUGUAAUAUAAGGGCAGUCCGUUAUAAUCUACAAUUGAAUGUUUUUUAGGUUCUGGUUGUAGCUACAGAGUAAAAGUUAAAGAGAUAAUAUAUUGUAAGUGCAGUUUACAGGGUACUGCAUGACACCAAAUCGCUGAUUCAUCAAUUAAAUAUAGCUGGGGCUUCUGUCUUUCAUUUUGUGUUAAUUUACUUUUUCGGAGAUUUUAAUAGCUAGUUUUGAGUUUCAUGUAAAUCAGGGCUUUCCAAAAUUUUUGGGCGUUUUUUUUUUUUUUUUUUUUUUUCUGUCACAAUAUGUAUAGGAACUCGACAGUACUUGCACACUUAAGCUGUA